UCCCUGUGCUAUACCUCCUACCAAUGGCGUCACGCACACUCUAUCAAGCUCUUGCUGGCACACGGAAACAGCUUGUUGUUGCUCCUCGCACAUGGAUGAGAACUCUUUCAACUGCCCAGGGCACACCUGCCGCUCCCGAAAGUGCUCCCACUCUCGAGAGUCUUGUGCCUCCCACUGACGCCCUUAAGAAGCCGAUCAGACGUACUAUCAAUGAGACUGUUGAACCCAUCACACCUUACAACAUGACAAUCGCCAAACUUCUUGCUGCUGGUCUCCACCUUGGUCAUUCGACUAGUUUGUGGGAGCCUGCCACUCUGCCUUUUAUUUUCGGUACACGCGAGGGCUUGAGCAUUAUCAACUUGGAGCAGACCCUUGUGUACCUGCGUAGAGCUUGCAAUGUCGCCCGCGAGAUUGCUGUUCGUGGUGGUACCAUUUUAUUUGUUGGCACUCGUCCUGGUUUCCAGGACCUGACCAUUGACGCCGCACGACAGUGUGAGGGCUACCAUGUGUCUGGAAAGUGGAUCCCAGGCACGUUGACAAACGCACACCAGGUGCUCGGACGCCACGCACCACCGGAUCCCGAAGAUCCCGGAAGAGCACCAAAGACCUACAAGCCCGAUCUUAUUGUGCUUCUGAACCCACUUGAGAACAAGAUUGCGAUUUCGGAAGCCCAGCUCCACAAGAUCCCUAUCAUUGCCAUCACUGACACUGAUUACGAUCCCCGUCGCGUCACUUACCCUAUUCCUGCCAACGACGACUCGAUCAGAGGUGUUGAACUCAUCGCAAAGGUCAUCUCUAGCGCAGCCAAGGAUGGUGUUUUUAGACGCAAGCACAUGCUCGAUCAGAAAGUGAAGGAGACCAAAUUCAACCGCAACGAAAACAACUUUUCACGUCGUUAAACAACCAAAACAUAUAAAACAGAAGAAGGAGAAGAAGACGAAAAAAAAGGAAAUCGCGACGAUGGACUUUUAUAUAUGUGUAAAAGAACCAUGAAAAAAAUGUAUAGAUAUUUUUUCCCUACAGAGGAGAAAACACACUAAAUAAGGCAUUAAUUAAAAUUACCUACAUCAACACC